GUAUUAUAAACCCUGGAACGUCGCCGUCCUUUUCGUUCGUCCUCAGUGCAGGAUAACGAAGCACUGACAAUCUACUCUCUAUAAGGAAAACAAGUACAUUAUUUUCAGGUCACAUCUGUGGAACGACCUUGUUUUUAUCUUGUUCAUCACACGGCAUAGCAGGAUUAUACGACCUGGUGUUUAUUUUAAAGCUCUUUUAACAAGCACACCACUUCUCAUAAUGGAUGUGAUCAUACGCCGUUGCCCGUUCUUGGCUGGUAUGCCUCAGGCCUUCUUCCAACAAUCCAAAAAGUCUCUGGUCACUUAUGCUCAACGCUGCCCCAUCAUGAUGGAGCUGGCUUCGAAACCCAUGGCCCCUUCAAUGGCUCGAGCACUUUGCUCUUCAACUUCUUAUCAUCAGACUGACACCAAGGUUGCAACUGAUGCCCCUAAACAGGAAGUGGAGCCUAAGCUGCCUGCUGGUCAUCCCGUGGCUCCUGCAGGUCAAGUGGUGGCCUCCAAAUGUCCUUUCCUGACUGCUGAAAUGAACCAGAAGUACAGCGGUGUGGUCCGCCAGGUUACCAUGGAGUUCCAAGAGGAUGUAGAGGAAGUACGCACUGUCCAGAAAGAGGUGUCACCUGCCCAGGUGAAGCAGCCAUCCUUGACCAGUACCAGUAAAGCUGAGGAGCAAAGGAAUUUGAUGAAGACUCUCCUAAAGCAGCGUCCAAAGAGGGUCACCCACCUGCUGCAGGACAACUUGUUCGGCAGAAUGUCCCGCUUCGAGUAUGAUGAUUUUUUUGAGAAGAAGAUUGAAGAGAAGAAGAGCGACCACACGUAUCGUGUGUUUAAAACUGUGAACCGCUUGGCCACCGAAUUCCCAAUGGCUGAUGACUUCACUGGCUCUCUGGAGGAGAAACGGGAGGUGUCUGUUUGGUGCAGCAACGACUACCUGGGCAUGAGUCGACACCCUCGAGUUGCUCAAUCCAUCAUGGAUACUUUACAUAGGCAUGGGUCAGGGGCAGGAGGGACCCGGAAUAUCUCUGGGACCAGUAAAUUCCACGUGGAACUGGAGCAAGAGCUGGCUGAUCUUCACCAAAAAGACGCAGCGUUGCUCUUCACCUCCUGCUUUGUCGCCAAUGACUCCACCCUUUUCACCCUCGCCAAGAUGCUGCCUGGUUGUGAGAUUUAUUCGGAUGCAGGCAACCAUGCGUCCAUGAUCCAGGGCAUCAGGAACAGUGGUGCUAAAAAGUUUAUAUUCCGUCACAACGACGUGGCUCAUCUACGCGAGAUGUUGCAGAAGGGAGACCCUGCCAAACCCAAGAUUGUGGCCUUCGAGACCGUCCACUCCAUGGAUGGUGCUGUGUGUCCUCUAGAGGAGAUGUGCGACUUGGCCCAUGAGUUUGGCGCCAUCACCUUUGUUGAUGAGGUUCAUGCUGUAGGUCUAUACGGUGCCAGAGGAGGCGGGAUCGGGGACAGGGAUGGGGUUAUGCACAAGAUGGAUAUCAUUUCAGGAACUUUAGGCAAAGCUUUUGGUUGUGUGGGCGGCUACAUUGCCAGCACCUCAGCCCUGGUGGACACGGUGCGCUCCUACGCCGCUGGUUUCAUCUUCACUACCUCCCUGCCACCGAUGCUCCUGGCUGGAGCCAGACAGUCCAUCCAGGUCCUGAAAAGUGAAGAAGGUCGCACGCUGAGACGUAAACACCAACGUAAUGUCAAGCUGCUCAGACAGAUGCUGAUGGACUCAGGGCUGCCUGUCGUUCACUGCCCCAGCCACAUCAUCCCUAUCCGGGUGUCAGACGCUGAGAAAAAUACAGAAGUGUGUGACAUCAUGAUGAACCGCCACAACAUCUAUGUGCAAGCCAUCAACUAUCCCACUGUCGCAAGAGGGGAUGAGCUCCUGCGCAUCGCCCCAACUCCUCACCACACCCCUGAGAUGAUGAAGUACUUUGUUGAGAGGCUGGUGCAGACGUGGAAGGAGGUGGGGAUGGAUCUGAGGCCCCACUCAUCAGUAGAGUGUACCUUCUGCCAGCAGCCACUGCACUUUGAGCUGAUGAGUGAGCGGGAGAAAUCCUACUUCAGUGGCCUAAGCCACCCUAUAUCAGCCUGCGCGUAAACACUACUAAACCACUGCUGGCUCGGAGCGGCACAUACACACUCAUUCCUCUAUCACUGUCAUAGAAUGUAUUACUCAUCUUUGAUAUGUCCUAUUAUGUGAGCUAUUUAAAAUAUUCUAUGUUCAGAUGUUCUAUAAUAACCUCCAAAUAAAAUAUUAAGAAAAUAAA